UCCCUCUUUCCUUACGCUAUCUUCUUAAUUGAUCUUGUGGGAUCAACUCAAACUAACAAAGUGGAUCAUAGAAAGCAUGGGAAGAGGGCCUUCCCUCGUGAUGGAUCGGAGGAGAGAGAGGAAGAGGGUGGUCAGGAUCAAGUAGGGUUGCUCCCAGCGGCGCCGUUUUGCUCAUCAUCAUCCUCAGCUCGAUCUGAACAAGAGAUGUCUGCCAUGGUCUCAGCUCUAUCACAAGUUAUUAGUGGAAACAGUAGUACUGAUACUAACCAAAACCCUGCACUUCAACUUCCCCAACAGUCCGGCGCCGCCGUAUUGGAACAUGAUCAAUCCCAUCAACAAGCGCCAGAUCAAGGGAGUGUGAGGAGGAGACACUAUAGAGGAGUGAGGCAGAGACCAUGGGGAAAGUUUGCUGCCGAGAUUCGUGAUCCAAAGAAGGCAGCCCGAGUGUGGCUUGGAACUUUUGAAACGGCGGAGGCUGCUGCACUUGCUUACGACGAAGCAGCUCUCAAAUUCAAAGGAAGCAAGGCUAAGCUUAACUUCCCGGAAAGAGUGCAAGGGACGAGUGAAUUAGGCGGUUACCUCACAACUAACACAGUUGCUCAUCAGCCUCUCAUUUCUGAUUAUCAUCAUCAGCAACUGGUAUACCCGAAUAAUAUCCCUAAUACUGGUCAAUAUUAUCCACAAUUUUAUGGGAACUUAAACUAUGGUCAGACAGAUCAAAGAAUUUAUUACCAGCCUACUACGUCUUCAUCUCCACCUUUUAUACCAAUAUCUCAAGCACAAGAAGAAGAUCAACAACAACAGCAGGCCUUAAGCUUUCCUAUGCCGGCGUUUGGUUCAUCUUCUUCCAAUUUGGAUCCUGAAUAUCCACAGAACAAUACUGCAAGAAAUUUUGACAAUAGUCAUUCGAGAGGAUAGUAUCCGCAGACAGAGUUAGAAUCAAUUGACCGACUUUGGAAUCGAUCUCCUCAACUCUCCAGUAUAUCUAUAGUACAACUCACUACACUGUUGCUUUGAAUUUUUAUCUAUUAUUUGUUUGCUUCAUGUCUUGAAUCAAUUGUAACUCUUUUUGUUUUUUAACGAGAAAUACCAAAAGUUCUAUUAUUUCAGAGAA